CCACCAACGACUAUGUGGGGGUAAAGAAAAAGUAAGCAGGAGAAAGCUCUUGGAAGUAUUAUUGAUGAAGAAAGAAGUUUCUCCAAAAAUAAGAGUUUGUUCGCUUCAUUUCAGAAAAGAUUACCUUCCCAAGAAUUCAGCAGCAAUUGUAAAAAAGGCGAGACUUAAAAAAACUGCAGUUCCAUCACUUAAUCUCCCUAACGUGGAGACAAAAUUAUCAAGCAGAAACAGAAAACGCAUGCGAAGUAUUCCAGAAGGCAUUUUAGAUGAAGAAGACGUAACUGUUGCCCGUAACAGUUGAGGCAUAAUAGAAAAUGCCAAAUUUCACAAGAUUCAAGACAUGGUAAAUCGAAAAUUACAGUUGGCGAAAAGGGGCGCCAAGUGCUGGAAAAUAUUGACGAGAAUAACCGUGUAAUUAAGAUGUUUCUUGGAUUUCGGAAAGAACUGGAUGAGAAACACGACCGUUACGAAAAAAUUGUAAAACUGAGUCGAGAUAUUACAAUCGAAAACAAGCGUAUCAUUUUCUUGCUACAUUCUACAAACACUGAUAUAGAAGGGAAAAGAGAAGCUGUCUUGGAUGAAGCUUGCAAAAGACUGAAAGUUAUAACAGAUGAGAAUUUUAAAACUAUAGCUUCAAUUCUCAAAGAUUUUGAUUCUUAUCAAUAUCAGAAGGCUUACACAAGUGGCCUACAGGAAUUUAUUGAAGCCUUGGUUUUUUAUCAGUUCCUGCAUUCCAAUAAAAUUGAAAGUUGGGAGUCUAUCAAUAAAUUUUUCCAGUAUGAGCAAGAUGGUGAAAAAUUCAGUCUUUUAUUUCCACAGCUUGAUUUCAUAUUAGGAAUUGCGGAUUUUACGGGAGAAUUAAUGAGACGUUGCAUUAACAAUUUGGGAGUAGGAAAUGUGAGCGACUGUUUCAAAACUUGUAAUUUUGUGAAAGAUAUCUACACAGGGUUUUUAGGCAUUAUAAAUCCAGGAGCUAAAGAAAUGGGUCGUAAAACAUACGUUCUGAAACAAAGCCUGGCUAAAAUGGAACUUGUGUGUUACAAUAUACAAAUAAGAGGAUCUGAAAUUCCAAAACACAUGUUGGUCAACGUUAUUGAAUCUAGUGACAUGAACACUGAAGAAGAUGAGGGUUUUUACUGAGUCUCUUAAUUUACACAAUAGUUUGUAAGCACAAAUUUUAAGUUAUUAUUUUUUUAAGUUUGUCACAACUUUUGAAGCAUAACUGGAAAUAAAAAAUUGAUUAUU